CAUUUCAUUCCCCUCCGACGCCGAGGGUUUCGCCCUCGCAAACCUCCGACCCCCACCACCGCUUUGUCGUGCUUCCGAGGGUUUGCUUAGAUGCCAAACUGAUAGGGAAUAGUCUGAUUAUGGCAUCAUUUGUUGAUCGGAAUAUUAAAGUUUUUGGAGCUCGUGAUGGUGUAGAGUUGUUAGUUGAGUAUGAGGAUAUUAUUCAGAAGACCUUCUCAUCGGAGAAUGAAGGAAACGAUUUCUUUAACAAGUAUGCUAGACAGAAAGGAUUUAUCGUCAGAAAGGAUAACGUGAAGCGUCAUCCCGAAACUGGUAUGGUAGUUUAUCGUCGGUUUGUUUGCUCGAGAGCAGGUCUACGAGAUAAGAAGCAUAUGAACAGGACUGACAGGCAAAGGAAAGAACGAACGCUCACUCGUUGUGAGUGCCCAGUUCAAUUCGGUAUUCAAUUUGAUCCGACCACUAAUAGAUGGUUCGUGCAUAACUUUGUGGAUAAGCAUAACCAUGAUUUGGAUGACGUGGCUGUCCGUCGCUCCCGUCGUAAGAUUAAAGAUGUCCAAAAGUCGGAUACUGUUUUGCCUGAGAUUACAGGUGUACGCAAGCAUGAGACUGUGAACGUCACGGGACGUGAGAAUGGCGGUCAUGAAAAUGUGGGGUCCGCGUUAAAGGAUGCAAAGACUAGUUCUCCUUCCGAUGGGAGAGGUGGCGUGUCCAGUUCGUCAGAGGAAAUGACCAGAUUUUGUGAUCUGAUGAAUUUAGGUAAAAAGGUAUUUCAUGAGGCAUCGAAGACGAAGGAGGAUUAUCAGGAGAUAAUGCUGUAUCUGGAGAACAAAUUGAAGCAAAAGGAGAAACGUGGUUUAUGCCUGGAAGUUUUAACUCAACUCGAAAGCAAAUUGGAAGGGGGCAUCGAGAAGAAUGCAUUAUCAACUAAGCUUCUUGAUCCUUUCUCAGUGAAGACUAAAGCUACUCCUAAGAAAAGGCCAAAACCUUCUAAUGAGAUCCGGAGAUAUAAAUGUCGUUUUUGUCGUUGUUUUGGACACACAAUCCGCAGAUGCCCAUUAUCUCAAAAAGAUGCUAUGCAACUUACCGCUAUCAAAUGAAAGAUAAUGACACUAUCCUACAGUGAGGUGACCUUCAAUUACUUGUAAGAAAUUUGGUGAAGACAUUUUCUUAAACUAUCGGACCGGCUGAUCUGGGCGGUUCUGUCCGAAUGGCUGCUAUGACUAACUGAAUCUCAGUGAAGGAUUCACAUUUGUAAAGAAAUGCACCGCCGAAAGGAACCGCAUACUAACUUUAUAUUCACAUGUCUGACUUCUCGACAGAAAAGUUAUGCUAAUGUUUUCUAGUGUUUGAUUUUCUUUUUAAUUGUCUCUUCAACGCAAUUGUCUAUAAAACUUGAGUCGUUAAUGCUCGUGA